AAUAAUGUUUGAGACUCUAAUUCCUCCGUUUUUUCUCCAUGCAGUUAACGCUAUCUGGCAUAUUGAACUUAAUUGAUAGACUGUGCUGUGGGGGCGAGAGAAUCAUUGUGUUCACGACCAACCACAAGGACAGGCUUGAUCCGGAACUGCUGCGUCCAGGCAGGAUGGACGUGCACCUCAACAUGUCCUAUUGCAAGGUUCAUGCAUUCAAGAUCUUGGCUUCUAAUUACCUGGACAUCAGCAACCAUCCCCUGUUUGGAGAAAUCGAGAGCUUGAUAGAGAGCACGGGGGUGACCCCAGCAGAGGUGGCAGGGCAACUGAUGACGAGUGAAGAUGCUGACCGCGCUCUUCAAGAACUUGUUAAAUUCAUUAAACAGAAGAGUGAAUGUGAUAAAACUGAGGAGAAAGUUGCUGAGAUUGAAGAAGCAAACAGUUUGAAAAGUGAUAAUGGGGAAAACGAAAUUACGGGGUGGGAGGGGUCAGGAUCGCAACACGAAGUCGGUGAGGAAAGGGAGGGACAAAGGAUUGACUGAGUAGAAGUGCCAAAAAGUUUUUUCACUGAAUAUAUACGGUGUAGACUUUAGUUGCAGAGUCCCUCCUUGAGUUGAUGUUCUUGUUAACGUAUGAGAUCACGUUUGUUAACUAGUGAUGUUAGUUCUUGUGUGGUGGCAGUUGCAGUUUGUUUAUUUUGCUUAGUAGUGUAGCAGUUUAUAUUGACAGUUCGUAACUUCUUUGUUUUUAGCAACGGUCGAGAGUUUCAGGUUUUUUCCUAGAAACAGUAUGUAUGUUUGGUGCUGUGAUUUUAAUACAGUUUAUGUAUUUCA